AAAACUUACUUUCCCCUCUGUGAAUGCAUGUUCUGGAAUGUGGAAUUUCCUGAUUUGCUUUGCGCAUAAAAGAACGCCACUGUAAUACAAGAUCAUCUUCAUAGAAGCCCUAAGCAAACUUUCAUGUCACCAAACAUUAAAACUAGUUCCUUGGCAACAAACAAUGAGGUUUGAGGGCUGGGUUUGCAAAGACAGCUAACAACAACCAACAGCACUCAGGUGGUAAAAAUCCAAAGCGAUCUAUUCAUAAUGGACUGUAAUGCUUCUUGGUUGUGUUUAUAGGAUAUAUUUGAAAUUUCAUCAGGCUGCAGAUAUCUGACUUUUUGAUUGUGACAAAAUUUCAAGCAAUCUUUUGUACCAGAACUUUGUGACCAGGAAAGCAAAAUGACAAUGAAAACUAAAGUAAGAGAUUCGGAGAGAUCUCCCCUUAUCAUUUCCUUUAACUGGAAGGAGGAAAUGAUGUUGAAGAAAAGGCUGAAUACCUUGGAAUCCAUGAAGAAACAGCAGAUAUGGAAAUGCUGACCAAGUCUGCAGAGCCGAUCACAGAACGCAAGGAUGAGGGCAGUAACACUGCAAAAGGCAACAUGGCGACUUCUGUGGGGGAGGAAAACAUUGUGAGUGUCAAGAACGGUAAGGUUCAUGUCAACCCAAAGAUUAAAAAGCAAGACUCCAAGGGCUCUUUAUUAAGCACCAUUGGAGAAGAGAAGACGACAUGGCCUAUGGUCAUGCAACCUGUUGCUUCUAGAAAAGAACUUGACUUUGGUGACAAGAUGACCCUUUUUGUUGAUCGCGUCAAGGGUCUAAAGCAGCAGCAGUGUACAGCGUUAAGUGAUUACUAUUCAGAAAGGCUGCAGGAAAGCUUAAACAGCAGCAAGCAAAAGAUCAGGGAUGUGGCACUACAGUCAGCCAUGGAGGAAGAACAUGGAAAAUGGCUUCUUGUUGGAAAAGAGAUGGAUAGCAGAAGCAUCACCGUGAAGCCACUGGAAUGGGAUUUUUCCCAGAAAGAUGUUUCUGCUGAGGUUUUGUUUUUGGACAGCUACAGUGCUGUGAUCACCAAGGAGAACAGGGAGGAUAGAAACUGGAUUGACAACAACCCACACUGCACAACGUUUAACGUCACUUCUGUUAAUGACCAAACCCCACGUGAUCCACGCUUCACAUGACACGCCUAAACAAUACAGUUCAAUUUGUAAGGACGAUGAGCUGGGAAAAAGAAAAAAAACAUGCCAAAGUGAAUUAUUUUUUUCUGGUCACUACCUGCCAUAUGGAAAAGGAGUGCCGUCUGCUUGGUCUGAGUGUAAGACUCCAGAUUUCUGUUAUUGUUCUAAUUUCCAUUAUUAUAAUGAUAUGGAUUAAAAAUGAUGAUGAUAGUAUCUUAAAUGCACAGCUUUAAAUUGUUAGUUCAGUAAAAAAAUAAAUAUACCUGACUAUUAUGUUCUACAAGGGCAAAAUGACUGCCUAA